CGGGGCUGUGCGUCCCUCCCCCGUGAUCCUGUCCGUGUCUUGGGACGGCCCAGCCUUGCUACCCUCCUGCCCUUACUGUUGGCCUUGGACCGCUCCGUGCCCCUCCCAUACACCGUGCCUUUAGGGUCGCCCCUCGUGCUCUUCGACCUCCAGCCCCAAGCUCAUCGACAUCUCUGAACCCAGCUCCUGCCCUCCAGGACGCUGUAGCCAGACUCCUCCAACUUUCCCCUGCCUUCCCACCAAGACAGCCUCUUUGGACACUUCUGCAGCCUUUGUCCCCUCUCCCUGACCACUUCAGACUCGGGCUCCUUUGAUGUUCUAUCUCUGACCCGCUAUGUAGCUCCUUAUUCUCCACACCUUGCCCCUGGUCCUUCUAAGGCACCCGCGGUGCCCUUGACUUGUACCCAGAUCUGGAACUUUUAAUCUUUUAGACCACAGCUUGGCCUCUCCCCUCUAAUCCAGGUUCUCAUCCUUCAUUUAUGAUCACCAAGCCCCGUCUUCUUGGCUUGUUCCUAGAACUGGUCCCUCCUCUGCACGCUUGCUCCAGACUUGUGCUGCUGAGCUCCAAGGAAGAAAACCCAAUAUGCACAAAGUCUCUUCUCCCUCAGAUCUUUGAAGUGUAAUGUGAAUAUGACCUUGUAUUUUAGCUGCAUUGUCUUUACAGUCCGUAAUGGACUCCCUCCUUGUACCUGCCAGUCCUGGUCUUGCUCUUCCAUCCAUCUUGCAAGUCAUAGUUCAAAUACUACCUCUUCAAUGACAGUGUGCUUCCCUGCCCGCUUCAGAGGAAUAUCUCUGUGUGGUCCUAACUGCCAUAGCACCAUUUCUCUUCUUCCUUUUCUCCCUCCAGUACUGGUGUGAAAACUUCAGCUUUGGAGUGGCUUCAGAGAUGGGCAGUGAGAAGGAGCAGAGUCCAGAAGCACACCUGCCUGAGGAAGGGGAAGCAGGGAAGCCUUGGAGAGUGGAUGGCUCAGAGGGUUCUCAGAUUGCAUAUGGGGAGGAACAUGGGCAGACAAGCCUGUCGAAGGGGCUUCAAGGAACACACCCCAAAACGCCAUGUCAGAAAGUCACUGCCCGAGCUGGGGGCCCUGGGAAGCCCAUUGCCUUUUCAAGCCCAGAGGCGGAUGAGAAGCCUUUUAUAUGUGUGCAGUGUGGCAAAACCUUCAACAAUACCUCCAACCUCAGAACACACCAGCGGAUCCACACUGGUGAGAAGCCAUACAAGUGUUCAGAGUGUGGCAAGAGCUUUUCUCGAAGCUCCAACCGCAUCCGGCACGAGAGGAUCCACCUGGAAGAGAAACACUACCAAUGUGCCAAGUGUCAGGAGAGUUUCCGGCGGCGCUCAGACCUCACUACACACCAGCAAGAUCACCUGGGACAGCGGCCAUACCGCUGUGACAUUUGUGGCAAGAGCUUCAGCCAGAGUGCCACGCUGGCUGUCCAUCAUCGAACCCACCUGGAACCAGCGCCUUACAUCUGCUGUGAGUGUGGGAAGAGCUUCAGCAAUAGCUCCAGCUUUGGGGUGCACCACCGUACCCACACGGGUGAGAGGCCUUAUGAGUGCACCGAGUGUGGGCGGACUUUCAGUGAUAUCUCCAAUUUUGGUGCACACCAGAGAACACACAGAGGGGAGAAGCCAUAUCGGUGCACUCUGUGUGGGAAACACUUCUCCCGAAGUUCGAACCUCAUCCGACACCAGAAAACACACUUGGGUGAGCAGGAUGAGAAAGAUUCUAGCUAAAGGGGAACCCUGCUUAGAGAGUGAGGGAGAGCAUAUAGUCCACCUUGACAGAAGGAGGCAUUUAGCACCUGCUGCAGCCACCUUGACUGCAAACCCUUCACUUUGUAGAAUGGUCCCUUGUUGCCUUUGAAAUCAGGAAAUCCUGCCUCCUCCCAGGCAGUUUCUUGCCUUGGAAAAUCAGAGUGCCCAGUCUUCACCUCACUUCCUCAGGGGUAGAGAAAGUGGGAUACGCUCAGGACAUGCUCUUGUCAUUGGGGCAUCAGUCCCCUGGCUUUUUGGGAAGUGCCUGAGAUGGCGUCACUGUCUGCAGGCCCUCCAAAGCCAUCUAACUUCAGAUACACUGCUGUGGCCUGUGAGUUUCUACCUGCUGUACCUCAUCCCAUAUCAACUUGUAGAGUCCUAGGCUGGGGGGUGUGGCCCUCCUAUUGAAGGGGCUUGUGGUCCUUCAGUAAGAAUGGAUAGGAAGCCUCAGGGAUCCAUAAUCCAGGGACCCUCACAUUCCCCAUGUUUGUUACCUGUCUUCCUACCCCAACUUGCAUCUGUCUCCUCAAUGAUCACCAGUAAAACACUUCAAUGAGAA